AUGCGGCUUUUUGCAGCUCUCCGCCUCGGGCUUCUAGCUCUAGCUGCUCCAGGAUUAUGCGCCUCAUCUGGAUGGGGGUUUGCUGAUGGCACACUAUCUAUCCAUCAGAAGGGUGCUGGGAUAGGUGGCGCCGAAAAGCACAAGCUAUCACAAAACCAGCCGUUGGCUAAGACGAUAUCACUGAACGAUGCAAGCACAUUGAAGCUUCUUUUGACGAUACAGGAGGAUGAAGUUGCGGCAAGACCUCAUCAAGCCUUUUUGACUCUCAGAGAAAUUUACUCAGGGCUGGACAUCUCAUACCCACUCAAUGUCAAGGGGAAUGGAAAGGCUGUCGUCGAAUUGAAUCAGAAGGACCUCCCUGUUCAAUUCCUCACUACCAAAACCCCAGUUGAAGCCUCCCUGUUGAUCGCUUCCUUUGGUUCCUCAGGCGGCUAUUACAAGCCCGUCUUUAAAUUAUCAGUCGAACAUAAGCCGGACACCCCUAUUCCCUCCUCAAAGGCUCUUAGAUACGGCAAACUGGAAGAAAUCCACCAUACGUUCCGAGAAGACCCUCGCAGUCCACCCAUGAUUGUCUCCGUGUUCUUUGUCCUUGCUGUCCUGGCCACCCUACCGCUCCUUGCGAUCUCGUGGCUUUACCUGGGUGCCAAUGCCAACCACCUUUCCGUUGCACUGAAAUCUGCACCCCUCCCCCAUAUAGUUUUCGUCGGGUCCAUCGUUGGGCUUGAGUUGACCUUCUUCAUGUACUACACGAGCUGGAACCUUUUCCAGACGCUACCAGUUGCCGCAGCCAUUGGAGUUGUAUCGAUUAUAAGUGGAAGCAGAGCUCUGGGUGAAGUGCAGCAGAGACGACUUGCCGGUCAUCGAUAG